AUGACCAGGGGUGCUUGGAUGUGUCGGCAGUAUGACGACGGCUUAAAAAUCUGGUUGGCAGCACCCCGGGAGAACGAGAAACCGUUCAUCGAUUCGGAGAGGGCUCAGAAAUGGCGACUGUCUCUGGCAUCUCUCUUGUUCUUCACAGUCCUGCUCUCUGAUCACUUGUGGUUCUGCGCCGAGGCCAAGCUGACCCGGACCCGCGACAAGGAGCAGCAGCAGCAUCGGCAGCGGCGGCAGCAGCAGCAGCAGAGGCACCGACAGCACGAGCCCUCCUGGCCCGCGCUCCUGGCGAGCAUGGGGGAGUCCUCGCCCGCCGCCCAGGCACACAGACUCCUCUCCGCCUCCUCGUCCCCCACGCUGCCCCCCUCCCCGGGAGACGGCGGCGGCGGCGGCGGCGGCAAGGGCAACCGAGGCAAAAACAACCGGAGCAAGGCGCUUUUUCUAGGAAACUCUGCCAAACCCGUGUGGCGCCUGGAGACUUGUUACCCCCAGGGCGCCUCCUCGGGCCAGUGCUUCACCGUGGAGAGCGCGGACGCCGUGUGCGCCAGGAACUGGAGUCGGGGGGUGGCGGCCGCGGGGGAGGAGCAGCCGGUGAGGGGGACGCAUCCAGCUCCGCUCUGGAACUUGUCGGAUUUUUACCUUUCGUUUUGUAAUUCCUACACACUUUGGGAGUUGUUCUCGGGGUUGUCCAGUCCCAGCACUUUGAACUGUAGUCUGGAUGUGGUGCUCAAGGAGGGCGGCGAGAUGACCACUUGCAGGCAGUGCGUCGAGGCUUACCAAGACUACGACCACCACGCUCAGGAGAAAUACGAAGAGUUUGAGAGUGUGCUCCAUAAGUACUUACAGUCGGAGGAGUACUCGGUGAAAUCGUGUCCUGAGGACUGUAAGAUUGUCUACAAAGCCUGGCUGUGUUCCCAGUACUUUGAAGUCGCUCAGUUUAACUGCAGAAAGACAAUUCCUUGCAAGCAAUACUGUUUGGAGGUUCAGACGAGGUGUCCGUUUAUAUUGCCCGACAACGAUGAAGUCAUCUACGGGGGACUCUCCAGCUUCAUCUGUACAGGGCUCUACGAAACCUUUCUAAGCACGGAGGACCCCGAAUGCUGUGAUGUCAGGAGAGAAGAGCGCCCGAGCAAGCCCUCCAGAGGGACGCUGGGGACCAGCAGCCCCUGUCACAGGACGUCACUCACAGUGUCAUCAGCAGCCAGACUGGGCAACAGCAGACUCAAACUGUGCGUUCUCGUACUGAUUCUCCUGCACACAGUGCUCACGGCCUCCGCGGCGCAGAACAGCACGACGCUGGGCUUGGGGGGCAUCCACGCGCUGGAAGAGAGCUCGCCGCGCGACGAGUAG